AUGGAGCGCCUUAAGGACUACGCUGAUGAGAAAGUGAUCGGAAACAACGAGUGCCACCUGGUUAAGGAGCCCAUGCACGCAUCCGCUGCUGUAAAGAACAAACCCAGGAAAAUGGAGGACCGAUGUGUUUGCCUGGACCGAUUUGGGGAGAUGUACGGAUUGUCGGAUAAAAGCACUCGUUUCUUUGGCGUCUUCGAUGGUCACUCUGGUUCUUUAUCAGCCAGUUAUGUCACCAGCCAACUUCCCCAGAUAUUAGCUGACCAACUUAAGGCGCAGUCAGAUCCACCAGACUCCUCCCCAGACUUUUAUCGCAAUGCCUUAGAGUCGGCUUUUCUGCUGGCAGACGAGCGUUUUACCCAGAAGAAGAUAACCAGCGGCACAACAAGCGUGUGUGCCCUGAUCACCAAGGAUCAGCUGUAUAUAGCCUGGGUGGGUGAUUCCAUGGCUCUUCUAGUGGGCAAAAGAACCCAAUUACAGCUGGUGAAACCGCACAAGCCAGAGAAUCCAGAUGAGCGCAAGAGAAUAGAAACAGCCGGUGGCACUGUGCUUCAUGCCCAGGGUCAGUGGCGGGUAAAUGGCAUCCUGAACGUGGCCCGUUCCAUUGGUGACUAUAGUUUGGAGGCAGUGAUCGCGGAACCGGAUUUCGUCGACGUUCAGUUAAGCGAGGCUGACGACUUUCUUGUACUCGGCACCGAUGGCCUGUGGGACCAUGUACCAGAGUCCUUUAUCAUCGAAACCGUUUACGAGUCCCUGGCGGAUCCCACAACGAAGCUGGAAGACAUUCCCAAACUACUGAUAGAGGCUGCAAAGGAGCGAGAUUCGCAGGACAACAUAACAGCGGUGGUGGUCUUGCUCAAACCUCGCCACCAGAUAAAAAAUCUUUAA